AUGGCCACCACCACGACGGUGACGACGACGACGAUGGCGGUGGUGAGCGCGCGCGGGAAGCGGCGCGGCGGCGGCGGCGGCGGGGGGUGCUGCUGCGCCCUCGCGGCGGCCGCGGACGUCGUGCCGGCGUCGCGAGAGGAGCAGCGGCAGCCGGCGGAGGAGGAGGGGCAGCAGCAGCAGCUGCCGCGGCUGGUGCGGUUCGAGGAGCUGCCGGACUACCUGCGGGACAACGAGUUCAUCCACGCCCACUACCGCUGCGAGUGGUCCGUCCGCGACGCGCUCCGCAGCGCCUUCGCCUGGCACAACGAGACGCUCAACGUCUGGAGCCAUCUUGGAGGGUUCUUCCUGUUCCUCUACCUCGCCGUCGCCGAGCCAACGGGGAAGGCCGGAGCCGGCGCCGCCCCGGGCAUCGUGACGUUCGUGCUGGCGUCAGCCAACACCUCGUGGUCUUCGUGGGAGACCAGCAGCAACUCGAGCUUGACGUUGAGCAAUGGUUUAACGACGGCCGUGUUCGGGAACAGCGAUGGCCACGGCCACGCGGUGCCGAGGUGGCCGCGGACGGUGUUCCUGGCGGGCGCGAUGACGUGCCUAGCCGUCAGCGCGGCGGCGCACCUGCUGGCGUGCCACUCGCGGCGCUUCAGCCGCCUCUUCUGGCAGCUCGACUACGCCGGGAUCGCCGUCAUGAUCGUCGCCUCCUUCUUCCCGCCGGUCUACUACGCCUUCCUGGGCCUGGCGCGCACACAGCUCGUCUACCUGUCCGCCAUCACGCUGCUGGGCCUGCUCGUGGUGGCGCUGCUCCUGGCGCCCGCGCGGUCGUCGCCGCGCCUGCGCCACCUCCGCGCGGGCCUCUUCGUGUCCAUGGCGUUCUCCGGGGUGCUUCCCGCGCUGCACGCGCUGUGGCUCAACUGGGCACACCGCGAGUGCCACCUCGCGCUCGCGCUGGAGCUCGCCAUGGGGCUCGUGUACGCCGCCGGCGCCGGGUUCUACGUCACCCGCGUGCCGGAGCGGUGGAGACCGGGAAAGUUCGACUGCGUCGGACACAGCCACCAGAUCUUCCAUGUGCUCGUGCUCGUCGCCGCGCUCACGCACUACGCCGCCACCGCCAUCCUCAUCGACUGGCGAGAGGCAAUGGCCACCGCCGGCGGCGGCGGGGCGUCGGCGCUCUUGUGA